AUGCGCCAGUUCCCUAAUCUUCGCAGCCCUCCACUGGUCCCUCUCCAGCAGUUCCUUGUCUUUGUUGAACUGGUGAGCAGUUCCAGUUGGCCAGAGUUGGUUUCUUUGUGGAGAACCACAGCAUUGAACUGGAAUAAAUACUUAAAAGUGCAGAACUUCUCCCUGUGUCCUUUGGCUGUCUGGAGGUUUAGGGAGCUCACCUGUGAAUCUCGUCAGGAUUCAGAGAAGUCAUCUCCUGCUUCUGCUGAAUUCCAGCAAUCUGCCCCAGAUCCAAGAGCGGGAUACAUGGCUUCCCACAGGAAGAUUGUGGAUAGAAUAGAUGACAACAAAGAUGGCUACCUGACAACAGAGGAGUUAAAGAACUGGAUUAAACGGGUACAGAAACGCUAUAUCUAUGAAAAUGUGGCUAAAGUUUGGAAAGACUACGAUCUCAACAAGGACGAUAAAAUUGCCUGGGAAGAAUACAAGCAAGCCACAUAUGGUUAUUAUCUAGAAAAUCCAGAAGAGUUUCAAGAUGCAACCGAUCAGCACAGCUUUAAGAAAAUGCUGCCCAGAGAUGAAAGACGAUUCAAAACUGCAGAUCUAGAUGGAGACUUAGCUGCAACUCGUGAAGAAUUCACCGCUUUCCUUCACCCAGAAGAGUUUGAGCAUAUGAAAAACAUUGUUGUCUUAGAAACCUUAGAAGACAUAGACAAAAAUGAGGAUGGUUUUGUGGAUCAAGAUGAGUACAUUGCUGAUAUGUUUGCAAAUGAAGAGGGUGGACCAGAGCCUGACUGGGUGAUUACAGAGCGCGAGCAGUUUGCAGAUUUUCGUGACAUCAACAAGGAUGGAAAGAUGGACAAAGAGGAAAUUCAGCAGUGGAUUCUCCCACAAGACUAUGAUCAUGCACUGGCUGAAGCCAGGCACUUGGUCUAUGAAUCGGAUGUAGACAAGGACCAAAAACUAACAAAAGAGGAGGUUCUAGACAACUGGAACAUGUUCGUUGGAAGUCAAGCUACUAAUUAUGGGGAGGACCUCACAAGAAACCAUGAUGAACUAUGA